GCUGGCACGAUGCAUUUCCGUUUCCGGAGUGACUCUGGUGCCAUAUCGUCAGGAAACAGAGCGCAGCGGAGGUGGAGACGGAGAGUAGUUUGGGUUCAUGAAACGGUUACAAGCCCUGCAGUUACAGCCGCUCUGACACUUACCCCUUUAUUUAUUUAUUCGUGGCUCUAACUAACCUGUGGCUGUGCAAUGGCGAAAAACACGUCGUCAUCGCGCUUUCGAAAGGUGGAUAUUGACGAAUAUGACGAGAAUAAAUUUGUAGAUGAGCAGGAGGAGGCAGCUGAGUUGCAAGGACCGGACGAAGGAGAAGUGGACAGUCUCAUCAGGCAAGGGGACAUGCUUGGAGCAUUUCACGCAGCAUUAGGAAAUUCUCCAGUCAACUCCAAAAACCAAGCAGUAAAGGAACGUGCCCAGGGAAUAGUGCUCAAAGUCCUUACUUCCUUCAAGAGCAGUGAAAUGGAACAGGCAGUUAAAUCACUAGACAGAAAUGGCGUUGAUUUGUUAAUGAAGUAUAUUUAUAAAGGAUUUGAGAAGCCUACAGAAAAUAGCAGUGCUGUAUUACUGCAGUGGCAUGAAAAGGCAUUAGCAGUAAGCGGCUUGGGUUCUAUAGUUAGAGUUCUAACAGCAAGAAAGACUGUUUAAAAAGACUGUAUAACUUAACCCAAGAACACAAGAACGGUUAUCAGAAAGCACCAGGAGGAAAAUAAAGAUUCUGGAGAAGGAGUGAGAAAAACUGACAAGUUACCCAUUCUUCUAGAAAUUGACAUAUAUUAAAAGAAAAUAUUUUGAAAGGUCGAUGUUUUGUUGGAAUGCUCUUUUUAUUGUAUUAAGGUUGUGGAAAUAUAAAUGUAUUGCUGUAUGUUAAUCAUAUACAGGGUCUUGCACAUCCCCUCCCAACCAUUCCCUUACCGCUCCUGUUUUUACUGAUGAUGUUUUAUGAAGGACAGUAAACUGGGAAAUCUUUGUCUCGAGGGUAAAUUAGAAAACCAUUUCAAUGCCUCUUAACACAGAGUUAUAUUGUCUAGAGAAUCCUGUCUGUACAGCAUUAAGUUAUAUUCAACAGAGAGGAUGUCUCUCUAUGGCUUUGUGUUGGCUGAUGCAGUAUUAGGGUUCAUUUUGUUUUUGUACAAAGAAAGAACAUUUAAUAUAAGUAAUGAUGUUAGCUGGACUACCAGGGAGGUUUCAUUGUAAAGUGCCUGUUGCAUAAAUAAAGCUCUUAAAUCACCAUA